AUGUCAGUACCAAAAGCGGUAACCCCGAGCUACACUCGGGCUUACCGUGCGGCGCUGCAUAGGGAUUCCCUGCAGAGCUUACCUUGUCCUGCGCCUGCGCUCCCGCGAUGUGUCCCCUGCAGUGUCCCCCGGCCAUCUCCUCCGGCCGAUGCCGGCAUCCAGCUUCUGUGUUCCGGUUCCUGUGACGUCGGGAUGUACGGGCGCAGGCGGCGGCGGAAAAUUUUAAAAAAUUUCAUUUUUUUUUCCAAACAGAUUUCACAUAUGCUUUGUCCUGUGCCCUGCCUGAAUUUUGUCUGUUCUUUC